UGGCCAAAUAAGAAUGAGCACAUUUCCUGGACCACUCAGUGAGUUUCCUGGCGUGUCAGUGGAUCGCUUUGACGGCGAAAAUCGCGCGUCUUCGGUGUUCUUCCUGUCGCACUGCCAUACGGAUCACAUGUACGGCCUGGAGGACUUGCAGGGACUGCCGGGGCCGCUGUUCGUCAGUGAGAUCUCUACUGUGAUCUUGCGCAGGAAGUUCAGCCACUUAACAGACGUGCGGACGCUGGAGAUUGGCGUGGAGACGGCAAUUGACAUCCGCGGAGAGACUGUGCACGUUACGACAAUUCCAGCUGGUCACUGUCCAGGAUCUGUGAUGUUCCUGUUCGAGUCGCCCGGCUGCAGAGUCCUCUACACGGGAGACUUCCGGCUGCGUGAGAAGGAUGUGCGAAAUGUCAAGGUGUUCCAGAGAAUCCGUAGCAAUUUGGACUGUGUUUACGUGGAUUCGACAUUCCUGGACAAGGGAUUCGCCGAGUUUCCCUCUCGCAUGGACAGCACAAAUGCCAUUGUGGCGAGGAUCCAGCAGUGGACUGGCACUUCGCCGAAUCACAUCGUGUGGAUCAAUACGCCGGCUCGCUACGGAUCGGAGUUCCUGUUCAGGGAAAUUCACCGCAGAACCAAAAAAUCCCUCCACAUCGAUCUGGACAAUCUGUCCAGUUACUGCCACAUUCCCGACAUGGACGGUGUGUUCGUGCUGGACGGACAGCAGAGUCAGGUGCACGCGUGCUGGAAGCCCGGAUGCUCAGCUGUGCGGCAUCAGGGAAAAGAAGUGUGCGAAAUUCGUCCGUCGGCGCUGUUCUGGCGCAACUGGAAGACGACGAGUUGCCUCACGAAGUCUCAAUCCAGAAUAUUCCGCGUGUGUUACUCCAGCCACUCGAGUCUCGCGGAGUUGAAGGAUUUCAUUGGUUUCCUAAAACCGCGCAAAGUGGAGCUGAACGUCGUCCCGAAAUCUGCUGAAUCUCGCGCAGAAAUGUUCAGUGUCCUGAGAGAGAUUCUCGCUGGAAGUGAUGCCGAAGAGACGCCCAAGAGUGCAGCGGAAACGACAGAGGAGAUUUCCUUCAGGAACAUCAAGUUGAGUGGGAGUUCGUGGGAGGAAAAACUAUCAGAGGAAUUUGACAAUGAAAUAAUGUGCCUUCCAAAGAGGAAGAAGCUUUAAUGAUUGAAUUUUUAUUAUCGUCUCUAGAAUAAAACCGAAUUUAGGGAAUUUAUAGGAUAAAUAAAGUGAUAAUAUCUCUUGCAUAUAUUACUCCUCAUCUUUUUUGAAUACACAAAAAUAGGAGAAUUCUACGGAAAACAAGCCAAUUGUUGAGAAAUCCUGGGAGUGCUGUAAAUUAGGGCAGAAAUUCCUACUCCAGUGUGAAGAAAAAAACAAGCGUUUGAUGGCCACUUUUCACGCAAUUUGCGGAACA